GGAUCAAGACAUGAUGAGGUUGAAUCGCUUGAUUCUGAACUCGGCCUCGACUCGGUCCUCGACUCUUCUGAGUCGUCAACUCGGCAGCCAUGAACCACCCAGUGUCCCUCUUCUUCCUUCUCACCAUCUCGCCCACAGAACCUCCACUCGCUUCCUCGACAUUUACCAGUUGGGGAAUAAGGAAGCGUUUGAGAAGGAGCGGGCUCGGCUUGCAGAUGAGAUGAAUAGGGGUUACUUCGCUGACAUGUCUGAAUUCAAGCAACAUGGUGGUAAGAUUGCCAUGGCAAAUAAAAUUAUAAUUCCAGCUAUGGCAGCUGUGAAGUUUCCUGCAUUAGAAGUGAACUACUCGGAUGGUAGAAGUCUUAAGCUGCCCAUUAGUUCCCAUGGAAAUGAGGCUGGCACCAGCAAAUUGGACAUUCCUAAGGCAUCUUUAUUGUGUCUUUCAUUUCGAGCUAGUUCUCAGGCUAUGAUUGAUUCUUGGAGCAAACCCUUUUUUGAUGCCUUCAGUGACUCAAAAAAUGUUCAGCUGUAUGAGGUUUCAUUUGUGGAUUCAUGGUUCCUAUCAUUGAAUCCAAUUAAGCGGCUACUUCUCCGGAUAAUGAAGAAAUCUAAGCCUGAUGGAAAGAGCGUGCUCCAAAGGCAGAUUGUUUAUUCAUUUGGAGACCAUUACUACUUCAGAAAAGAGCUUAAAAUAUUGAACCUUCUGACUGGGUAUAUGUUCCUGGUUGACAAGUUUGGUAGAAUAAGAUGGCAAGGUUUUGGGUUGGCAGCAGAAGAGGAGUUAGCAUCACUUCUGUCUUGCACAACACUUUUAUUGGAAGAGAAAUGAGAUGGCCUGUCGAAAUUGCCUUGGAUUUUUACAAAAUCAUAAAUGCCACAUUCAAGACAAAAUUUUGCAGAGCAGCUUUUGUAAUAAUGGCAUUCUUAGAUUUAUUUCUUGUUAUCUUUAACCAGACUAUUUUGGGUUGUUGGUGCCCUUGAUUUUGGCACUAUUAUUGUAUUCCUUGUAUACUUAAUUGACGACCAUUUUGCAAAC